UAGGAAAUGUCGAUGUCUUUACAUGUUUUAUUUUUAUCAAGCAGAGACAUUCUAACCUCACUCACCCGUCUUUCUUUUUUACUGAAGAUGUGACCUUAGUGGUCUCUGUUGUUCAGUGUUUUUUAGUGUUGGUGCAUUUAUUUCUCGUCACACUGGAGGGUCCGCUUUGGAUGUGUGACUGCACUUGAACUCUCACCGUCCCCUGCUCUUCCCUUUUCCAGGGGGCUCUUAACCUAAACCCUCUCUCUUUAACCCUGUGUAAAACCCCUCUCCCCUCUCUGGGGCUCUCUCUGGACUUUCCGACCAUUUUCUGUUGCUUGAAGACACAGACAGCCCCGCCAGAAGAGGGGCUGUUGGGUAGGAAGACACCCCCCUCCCAAAGGUGAGAGGGGGGGGGGAAGAUGGCAGCUCUCGCCAGCUCUCUCAUCAGACAGAAACGGGCGGUCAAGGACGACGGACAAAACCGACCGGUAGCCAACAAGAGGAAGCCUUGUCCCAAGAGCAACAAGUCUCUGUGCCAGAAACAGAUCCUAGUUCUUAUCUCUAAAGUGCGGCUAUGUGGGGGUCGAAAAAGUCGAAAAGAAAAGAGACCGGAGCCCCAGUUGAAAGGCAUCGUGACCAGGCUGUACAGUCAGCACGGAUACUACCUGCAGAUGCAUCCGGAUGGCACCAUGGACGGCACAAGGGACGAAAGCAGCUCCUUCUCACAGUUCAACUUGAUUCCUGUGGGUCUGAGGAUCGUGGCGAUCCAGGGGGCGAAGACAGGGCUCUACCUGGGCAUGAACAGCGACGGGUACCUUUACACCUCUGAACACUUCACUCCAGAGUGUAAGUUCAAAGAGAGUGUGUUUGAGAACUACUACGUGACGUACUCCUCCAUGCUCUACAGACAGAGCCAGUCGGGCCGCUCCUGGUAUAUCGGUAUCAACCGCGACGGACAAGUCAUGAAGGGCAACCGGGUGAAGAAGACCAAAGGUGCUGCACACUUCCUGCCUAAAGUUAUAGAAGUUGCCAUGUAUAAGGAGCCAUCGCUACACGUGCUACAAGAGAGAGGAAAAGAUAGAAAAAGAGGGCAUGAGAGUGACGAUCAAUAGACUCAAUAAAAGCCAAGCUGGAGAGCAAUAGUCUAGCGUUGAGAGCAAUAAUUUCCCUUAGGUGCAGAGGGGGGAGCAAACCAUGUUUGUUGAUAAUGAACUCAGAGCAGUGUUGUCCGAUUCCAACCUGUAAACCGGACAAAGUGGCCUCUUUCACAACAACUGUGUUGGGAGAUAUUCCUCCAUCUUAUGAAACACUUUAGAGACCAACAGCCCAAUAGAACUGGAACAUUACCACUAGCCAGUGUGAUCUGGCCAUGCAUUGAGCUGCCUGGUUUUUCUGUACUUUACCGUCCUUUUCUGAGACAGUGGGGUCUACAGUUGCAAAGUUCCGGGCACUUUGAUCCAAGUUUCUGGUUGGGAAAACCAGGGAAUUUAUUGGAAGUUCACUGCUAUAGAACUCCACUAGAGUGCACUCUAGAUGUUUGAAGGACCUUGGUCUUAGGUUUUAAAUAAAACUGGGGUCAAACGGGGAACACCACUCUCAUAAUACAAAGAAAAAAGAGUGGCUAAACGUUAUAAUAAUAAUAAUGAACGCUUAUAGGGUUCUUCUGAAGGACUUGACGGUACUGCCAAGACCAAAGUCUGGCUUAACCAUUGUGAUUUAACAGGGAUGUUUAAAGUAUAGAGGCUGUCAGUCUACUGUACACAAAUUGGAUUUAGAACAAACUUACCCUUUGAAUGGUGCUC